AUCAUUUUUUAGUAUAUUUGUCAUUUUUUAGUAUAAUUUGUAGCUUUCAUUAUUAUCGGCGAAUGAAGAGCCGCAUCGAGAUCAAUUAUCGGUUAAGUCGAUAAACUUAUGUUAGUAUUCAGUAAGCAAACGAACGGACAAGUUGAGCGUACCAGCAAUUGGCUGUUAUAGUUCAUAUAAAAUAAAGAUAUGUUUAAUUAUUCAUCAUAAAUUUGGUCCUUCGAGCCGGAUCCGUUGGGCAUUGCUACUGAAUGCUCACUUGGAGUUGUUGGAAACAGCACGCACUAUUGGAAAAGUGACGUGUUUUGUCUUGUAUUGUUUUUGCUGCUGGAGACGCAGCAAUUGCAAAUUCUUGAAAUUACGUAUCGAUGUUUGGCAUCAUACGUAAUAAACUGCACGCACUAUUGGAAAAGUGACGUGUUUUGUCUUGUCGUGUUUUUGCUGCUGGAGACGCAGCAAUUGCAAAUUCUUGGAAUUACGUAUCGAUAUUUGGCAUCAUACGUAAUAAACAGCACGCACUAUUGGAAAAGUGACGUGUUUUGUCUUGUCGUGUUUUUGCUGCUGGAGACGCAGCAAUUGCAAAUUCUUGGAAUUACGUAUCGAUAUUUGGCAUCAUACGUAAUACGCAGUACGCACUAUUGGAAAAGUGCGGUGAUUUGUCGUAAUGGUUUGUUCGGCUGCUAGAGACGCAGCAAUUUCAUCACAUUAAUUUAAUACCUGGCUAUUUUGAAAAACUUGCUGGCAACGCAGCAAGCUACAAUGGAAAAUCUACGGACUUUACUGGGAGCCAGAGGUAGAUUGAAGGCAACAAUUACUCGUAUUUCUGGAUAUGCGGAGCAUCCACCUGAGGGCUGCACCUUCUACGAUAUUGAUACAAAAUUGGACACGCUGGUUCAAGCUUGGAAGCAGUUUCUCAACCUUGGUGACGAACUUUAUAAAUAUGAAGAUGUGCAGGGAUACGUGGAUCCAGCAAGUGACAACAAUGUAUAUGAGGAGCGCUUUGAACGAGCUUGUGCUCUUCUUAAGACACUGCACGCUGAGUACAAACCCCACAAACUGGAAGAAGCCAAUACCACAUCUAAUGUGCUUGGGGAAGUAGAUAAUUCGCCCAUCCAAGGCAUUUUACAACAAAUACAGCAACAGUCUCAUAUACAAAUACAACAAUUACAGCAACAGUCUCAGAUGCAAAUGGAGACUAUGGAGGCCUUAAUGCAACGACUGCUACCACAGCAGGUGGAUAACGAGUCACCGUCAGGCUCACAGCAAGGCGCAGGACCAUCAGUGAAGGAUUGGGAACUGCCACGGAUUCAUAUCACACCAUUUGAUGGAGAUUAUAAGGAAUGGCACGCAUUUAAGGGUCUAUUCGACAGUGCCGUUCACAGCAAGACAACGUUGACGAAUAUCCAGAAGUAUCAUCACUUAAAAUCUUGUUUAAAAGGAGAAGCUGCGAAACUUAUUCAGCAUCUGCCCUUAGCCGAUGCCAACUAUGAAAUAGCUUGGAAUUCAUUAGUUGAUCGGUACGAGAAGCCUCGCUAUUUGGUAAACGUGUUGUUGGAUACAUUUACUGGACUGCCCAAGGUUGCGGAUCAAAACCCAGCAUCGCUUCGAUCGCUAACAAACGAAGCUGGUACCGUAAUUCGGGCAUUAGACGCCUCUGGACAGACGGAUCGGGAUUGUUGGCUGAUUUACUUGCUCAUGGCAAAGGUUGAUGACACCACACGUCGUGAAUGGUAUGAAAGGAGUCAAGAUAUAGCAAAUCCUACGAUAACGCAGUUGCUCAAGUUCCUGGAUGCACGUUGUGAUCGGCUGGAGCUCAGUCAAUCUGCAACUACGACAAGCAGCAAGCCUAGACAGGACAGAGGUACCAGGAACGCACAUGCGCUACUCGCCACUUCAGAGCGCUGUGCAAAGUGCAACAAGGAACACGCAUUGAUGGCAUGUACACAGUUUUUGGAUCUAUCUAUUCAGCAGCGAUAUGCCUUUGCAAAGUCCAAACACAUGUGCUUUAAUUGUUUGAGACUUGGCCAUGGAGUGAGCGCUUGCACAUCGAAGUCAUCUUGUAAGCAUUGCAAGCGCCGACAUCACUCACUCUUGCACUUCGACCAACGUAACACUAAGGACAAAGAUGACCCACAGCAACAUCAGCGGGAUGAUUCAAAUGAGGCACCAGGUGCUAGCACAGUAGUAGCACUGACGAACGCCGUUAAUACUUCAAAAGGUGGCAAGGGUGCAAAUAUGAGAAGUACACUGCCAACGGCGCAGGUGUAUGUGCGCAAUCCUCGAGGACAAGACGUUGUUUGCCGCAUAUUAUUGGACUGCGGCUCGGAGUUGUCCUACGUUUCGGAACGGUGUAUCCAGACAUUGGGUCUGGCCCGUUCACACUCUCGCAUCUCUAUAUCUGGAAUAUCAUCAAUCAAGGCAGAAACAACAAGAGGGCUCUGUUCACUACACAUCAAGUCGCGAGUGUCAGAUGCAUCUCUUGUGGUCAAGGCACACGUGCUUGGAAACAUUACUUCGACACUGAUGAGAGAAACUAUAAAUGCAGCAGACCUCUCUAUGUUUAGCGGCCACACCCUGGCAGACGCCGCAUUUAAUACCAACGCUUCAAUCGACAUUUUGCUUGGCAACGAUCACAUUUGGACGGUUCUUACUGGAGAUAAGUUGUGUAAUCUUCAGGGAAACACAAUUGCUAUUGAUUCAAUAUUUGGAUGGAUCAUCAUAUCAGUGGCAGGAGCGUGUACAACUACAACUACGUCACUCCUAGCUACCAUGGACAUCAACACAUUGUUGCAACGGUUUUGGGAACUGGAAGAACUUCCAUCGUUCACGUCUGCCAAUAAAGAAGAUGAGUUAGUGGAGACUCAUUUCGUCCAAACACACUCCCGUAAUGCCGAAGGGAGAUACAUCGUCGAGCUACCAUUCAAGCAAGGGAACCCAGAGUUUGCAGACACCUUUCAUGGAGCCAAGUCUCGCUUCUUGGCAGUUGAGCGUCGUUUAAUGAGGGAUGCAGCUUUACGAUCGAAGUAUGUGCAAUUCAUGAGGGAGUACAUACAACUGGAUCACAUGAAGGAGGUGGAUGCAGAAGAAGACGCCACCUCGAAGGAGGUUUUCUACAUGCCGCACCAUCCAGUGCUAGGUGCAAAGCUGCGUGUGGUAUUUGAUGGCUCAUUUCAAGACCAAGAUGGUCGGUCUCUAAACGAUGCGCUUCAUAUUGGUCCAUGUAUACAACGCAAUCUCUUCAACGUAUGCAUGAGGUUUCGAAUGCACAAGUUUGUAUUUUCGGCUGAUAUUGUGAAGAUGUUUAGACAAAUUUUGGUUGCACCUAAACAUCAGGACUUUCAACGAAUAUUAUGGAGAGAACACCCAUCAGCACCAUUGAAACACUUCAAACUCUGCACAGUUACAUACGGGACUGCGUCUGCGCCAUUCCUUGCAGUCCGGGUGUUAGAACAACUUGCCAAGGACCACGAGCAUGAGUUUCCUAGAGCAGCUAAGAUAUUACUUGAGGAUUUCUAUGUGGACGAUGUAUUAACAGGAGCCAUGACAGAGGAAGAACUUAUUGACAUUCAAACUGAGCUGGUUGCACUCAUGUCGCGUGCGCAAUUGGAAUUGGGAAAAUGGAUCUCAAAUAGCACACGACUAUGCACCGCGCAAGGUGAUAGAGGCAACAUGUCAACAGCAACAUCAAAGGUAUUAGGUCUACAUUGGGAUCCUGGAGAAGACAACCUUGCAUACAACAUUGUAUUAUCGGAGACUGCAAGCUGCACAAAGCGACAAGUGCUAUCCGAUGUAGCACACAUUUUUGAUCCUCUGGGCAUUUUGGCACCAGUGGUAGUCCAAUUCAAGAUUCUACUGCAAGAACUUUGGCUGCUUGAUUUGGAUUGGGACUCUGAACUUCCGAUGAAACAGGCGCACUCUUGGCAGAUGUAUCGCAAGGACAUUUCGUCGCUACAACAGCUAAAGAUACCACGCUUCAUAGACAGUCACAUGGAUCACAUCGAGUUACAUGCAUUCUCAGACGCUUCGCUUAAGGCAUACUCUGCGGUCGUCUACAGCAGAGUUGAGUAUAGUGACGGCUCUAUAGGAGUAUAUCUUGUUGCUGCUAAGACUCGCGUCGCACCUUUAAAACUAGCAACGCUGCCACGCCUCGAACUGUGUGGAGCUCUACUGCUGACUAGACUUGUUAAGGCAAUUACAUUUGAACAGAUGCGCACUCUGCUUACACAAAUAGAAGCAGUCGUGAACUCCCGUCCAUUAUGCGCAACUUCGGACACAGAAAUUGGAUUCUUGUCACCAGCACAUUUUCUGAUCGGACGGACGUACACUGCAGUUCCAGAUGGGAGCUACGCAGAGGUACCAACCAAUCGCUUGGGAUAUUGGCAACAUAUUCAGGCAAUGCUUCAAGGAUUUUGGAAGCGUUGGCAGCAGGAAUACUUAACGGCAUUGCAGCAACGACCCAAAUGGUCUACCAAGAUGCCUAACAUAUCCCUUGGAGACAUUGUACUCAUCAAGGAUUCGCAUACGCCUCCAGCAACAUGGAACUUAGGACGCGUAAUCGAAGUGUACCCAGGAGAGGAUGGAUUAGUACGGGCAGUUAAACUCAAGGUCGUUUCUGGAGAGAUUAUACGACCCAUCACGAAGAUAGCAGCUCUACCACAUUCUGAAACGGAGUUUCAGGGGGGGCCGAGAUGUUGAGAAACCAUUUGUCAUUUUUUUGCACAUUUAUCAUUUUUUAGCACAUUUGUCAUUUUUUAGUAUAAUUUGUAGCUUUCAUUAUUAUCGGCGAAUGAAGAGCCGCAUCGAGAUCAAUUAUCGGUUAAGUCGAUAAACUUAUGUUAGUAUUCAGUAAGCAAACGAACGGACAAGUUGAGCGUACCAGCAAUUGGCUGUUAUAGUUCAUAUAAAAUAAAGAAAUGUUUAAUUAUUCAUCAGUAUG